UUGACAUUGUCAAAAUCAAAUUGGCCAGUUCCACAAUCGUAGUGCCUCAAAAAUAGUGAAAAUAAUCAAAAUUUUUAGUUGUGGAUAAGUGAGAAAUUUUUUCGUCGAGUGUGUUUAUAUAUCUCUUUGUACUGUUCUGUUUGUGGGUAAAAAUGCCGAUAAUGUACUCCUGAAAUCAGUGUUUUUUUGGAGAUGUUUCUCUGUUAGAAGAAAAAGGGUCAAAUACACUUCCGGCAAAACAAAACCUAGAAUUUUAAUUGUAGAUUGAAGAUCCGCUACGUUAUGCCCUCGGCGAGGCUGACUCUUCGGGAGGAGGACGUGGUGAGACUGGCCCUGGAAUUCCUGCACAACCGCGAGCUCCACAUCUCCCAGCUGAGCCUCGAGCGCGAGACCGGCGUCAUCAACGGCAACUACUCGGACGACGUGCUGUUCCUGCGACAGCUGAUCCUGGACGGGCAAUGGGACGACGUCCUGGAGUUCAUACAGCCCCUGGAGGCGUUGCAGACGUUCGACAUGAGGAAGUUCACCUACGCGAUACUGAAACACAAGUACAUCGAGCUGCUCUGCAUCAAAUCCGAGGCGAAUGGACAGGGUGGCAACGUGGACAACGCGGUUGAGGAAGUCGUCAAGGUGCUGAACGACCUAGAGAAAUACGCCCCGUCCAAGGAAGAGUACUCCACCCUCUGCCUGCUCCUCACGCUGCCCAGACUGACCGAUCACCUGCAGUACAAGGACUGGAAUCCGAGCAACGCGCGCGUCCAAUGCUUCCGCGAGAUCUACCCCCUAGUCUCCGAUUUCCUACCGGGCGAUCACAAAUCGACCGACGUAAACGCCAACACCACCGCCAAAAACGACCGCCUCAUACAGCUUGUCAUCAAGGGCAUCCUGUACGAGUCCUGCGUCAACUACUGCCAGGCCAAGGCCACCGGUUCCACCGACUCCCAGAAUCAAGAGAUGAACUUCUCGCGACUGUUGGACGGCUCGGUCGGCUUCAGCGACUCCGACCUAAGCCUCCUGAGCUGGCUGCAGAGCGUGCCGCACGAGACCUUCUCCGUGCCGUUCGAACAGAAGACCUUGAACGUCGACGUUGAGAGGUUGGAGAGGCCGUCCCUGGAGACCUCGUGGGCCGAGCACAUGCUGAUCACGCCGAUCAAGCCGAAGACCUUCCCGCACUCCGCGAUGCCCUUCACCAGGCCCAAGUCCGCGGCCGACAUCAUGACCAGAUCUCUGAUGCCGGUCCUGGACGGGAUGGCCUACGGGGCCGGCGCCACGACGCACCACAACGGCAACCCAAGAGCGAUGGCCAUGAGCACCGGCGACAUAGCCACCGGCGGCCCCAUGACCAGGAGCAGCUUCGCCAGCUUCCACCUGACCGGCAUCAAGAACAACAAGCUGAUGAACUCGUCGGUGGACAGGCUGUUCGAGAACGAGGGCGAAGUGUUCCUCAGCAACAGCUACGCGGAGUUUCAGCAGCUGCCCUCGAUCCAGGAACAGACCAGCACGCCGAUGAUGCUGAAGAACCGGGCGGACUCCAGGAGUCCGGACCAGAGGGCGUCGAACGUGUCGACCCCCGAGCACAGGGGCAGGGAAUCCCCGGCCUCUACGAUAAGGUCGAGCAGGAGGGAUUCGUUGAACGAGAAGCACAGGGAGGCGGCGGGACCGCCUCCGAACUUGGUGCAAGCGGCGGCCGCGGCGCAGAUCGUGAACGAGUCUCCGUACGAGCAGAACUUCCAGGGCGAUCUGCUGAAGGAGUACCAGAGGCAGAAGCAGAAGUUGCAGGACACGCUGAACGCGAGGGAGAGGGAGCGGGAGGAGUUGUGGAGGCAGAUCAAUAGCAACGGGAAUGAAUACUUGGAUAACUGUAAACUAGAUGGUAAUCAUAUCAAUGGAACGAGUAGAAAUCCACCUGUGACCAGUAAUCAAACGAAUGGAAACGUUGCCGCAAGGAUCCAUGGAGAAGGAGAUGCCAAAAAUUUUCAAGGAGGAAUAUACGACUCUGCGAAGCCAAUAGAGAGGACCAGGAAUGAACAAAUAAACGACGAGAACUGCAUCAACAGACCACGUUUCGUGCCAAUAACCACACUCGAAGAUGUUCAAGCCGUCAGAUGUGCCGAAUUUCAUCCCAGCGGGCAGCUAUAUGCCGUCGGGUCAAACUCAAAAACGCUUAGGAUAUGCGCUUACCCAAAAAUUGGUGAUAUUGGUAGGGAGGACCACGAGGCCUACCAACCGACCGUGCUGUUCAAGAUCACCAAACACCACAAGGGAUCCAUAUACUGCCUAGCGUGGUCGCCGAUGGGCGAUCUGAUGGCGACCGGAUCCAACGACAAGACGGUCAAACUGAUGAGGUUCAACGGCGACACGUCCAAGUUGGAGGGAGACGAGAUCGAGCUGUCGAUGCACGACGGCACCAUCAGGGACCUCUGCUUCCUGGAGGACACCUCGAACAAGUCCAGUCUGCUGAUAAGCGGCGGCGCGGGCGACUGCAAGAUCUACGUGACGGAUUGUGCGACUGGUACGCCGUUCCAGGCUCUCAGCGGACACACCGGCCACAUACUCUCCCUAUACACCUGGGGCGGCGCGAUGUUCGUCAGCGGAUCGCACGACAAGACCGUCAGGUUCUGGGACCUCCGGACCAGGGGAUGCGUGAACAUGGUCACCCCCUGCACGGUACCGGGAACCAGACAGGGUUCGCCGGUGGCCAGUCUGUGCGUGGACCCGUCAGGCAGGCUGCUGGUAUCGGGACACGAGGACAGUUCCUGCGUCCUGUACGACAUAAGGGGCGGCCGGAACAUCCAGUGCUUCAAGCCGCACUCGGCGGACGUCCGCUCGAUAAGGUUCUCACCGUCCGCCUACUACCUCUUGACGGGCGGCUACGACAACAAGUUGGUCCUUACGGAUCUCCAAGGUGACCUCACAUUACCCCUUCCCAGUGUGGUAGUGGCACAGCAUCAGGACAAAGUGAUUUGCAGUCGCUGGCACCCGUCAGAGUUUUCAUUCCUGUCAACGUCAGCAGAUAAAACGGCCACUUUGUGGGCGUUACCCCCUGUCUGAGGCAUGACCAUUCGACAAAUUAUUAAUUAAUCAAUAAGUCUGAACUAACCAAUACUCGAAUAAUUUCAGAUUUCAUUCUCGAGUCGAAUAACCAACCGGAGCACUGACUGUUUCGCUCAAAAAAAUUACUUUUGUCGUAAUGCAAAAAGGUUUCGUUCUACAUAACGAAAAAGGCCUGGAAAAUACUGGAUAUCUGAAAGGUAUCGGUGAUGAAAUUUAUAUUUUAAAUGAUUUGUGGCUGUUUUGAAUAUCUUAUUCAUCCGAUGCUAUUAAUUUGUAUGAAUAUUUCGCUUCAGUAGCGGACAAACUUAUUUUCUCAAUAUGUAAAUAUAUUUUUCGACUUUACAAGCUUGUAUAAAUAUUUAAAAAUUAUUAAUGUUGCUUAAUUUAUAUACUAGUUGAGAAUAAUGAAUUUACUACAGUAAUGACAAUUUAUUUUUCAUGUUAUAUGACAUCUUUUCGAUCUUUAUUUGAUAUAGUUAAUAAAUAAAUAGAGAGAAGUUAA